AACCUGGGAUACAGAUGCCGAGUGGGGACACCAUCGUCUAGUAGUACUAGUAGUAGGAGGCUCUAGUCUAGGUAGAACUGCAGUCUACACGGCAUACAGCUGACAUUUUCAGUGACUGCGAAAUGGAGUGGUUUCUGUCUCUUGCCAUCUUCACUACUCUCUUGUGCUUUGGCCAUGUCAGGCUUGUUGACGCUCAGAGCUCGACGUCGACAUCGAAAGUAAUGUAUGGCCCGUGCACCACGGGUUCAGUCUGUAAUGCUCGAAGUAAUAGUGAUACGCACGAUUUUAUCCUCGGUGGCUUGUUCCCAGUGCAUAAUGUCGUCUGUAAUGGUACCCUCUCGAUGGAAUCUUUGCAGUGGGUUAUUGCCAUGGAACAAGCUGUAAACAAAGUUAAUGAUGACGAAAUAAUCAAAAGAGGCCAAAUAAGCUUGAAAAUGGGCUUCGAGAUUCGGGACACGUGUCGCACUGGAGAAGUAGCCCUGUCGCAGGUUUUGUCCUUGAUGGGUAUGGAAUCCACAGCCUCAGGCCCAGGUGCUGCUUGCUCAUCAUCAGGUGGAAGUUCAUCAAAAUUUGUCGGAAUUGUAGGUCCUUUCUCAAGCUCAGUCAGUAUUCAGGUUACGAGAUUGCUGCAACUCUUCAACAAGCCAAUGGUCAGCUUUGGAUCUACUAGCCCGCAGCUGAGUGAUAAGAACAAGUAUCCGUAUUUCCUUCGGACACUGCCUUCGGACACGUUUUUGGCACGUGCCAUAGUGCGUGCGGCGCGACAUCGCGGCUGGGCGUUCAUCAACAUUGUAUUCACGCGGGACGCGUUUGGCCAGGACGGCUCAGCGUCUGUGUUCAGCGAAGCCCAAGCCGCGGGCAUCUGCAUCGGAAGUAUGACUGGGCUGCGGGAGGUAUCAACGUAUAAUAAUGCAGAGGGGCUUGCCGACUAUCAUAAAGCUUGGACAUCACUGCUGGAUUCAGUUCCUCAAAACAACAGCACCGUAACGGUUCUCUUCACGCAGGAAACCAACACCAAACAUUUCUUCUUGUACGGACAGAGGAACGAAACUGUACGUGACCGAGCUUUGGCCAAGAACAUCACCUUUCUCGGUGUCGACUCGUGGGGUGACAUCUUGACGGCAGUCGUGGAUGAGAAGAAAAUGCCGUUACAGGCGGCCCUGGGAGCGGUCAGUCCAAUUCCAUUUAACAAAAUUGUAACAGAUUUUGACACACAUCUGAUGUAUGGACUACCAAGUUUGGAAACAGAUCAGUUCAACCCAUGGUUGGCAGAAGCCUGGAACCAAACUUUCAAGUGUAGGCUGACUGACGCUGCGUGCGGAAUGAACCGCCUUACCGAUGAGCCUGAUUACGUUCAAAGCAGUAAGGUGGCCAUGGUGUAUGAUGCUGUCUUUUCGUUUGCCUACGCUCUCAAUGACAUCUUGAACAAUAGAACUCUGUGUAGACAAGCGACAAAAGCUUGUCCUGCUCUCAAAGAUGGUAAGCGUCUGCUCGAGGCAUUGCAUAAAGUCCGGUUUAAUGGGCAAAAUUCUGAUAGCUUCCAGUUCAACAAGAACGGUGACCCGCUGGAAUCCAAGUAUGCCGAGAAGAACAUGGUAUACAACUCCAGCACGAAGAGUGUUAGUUUUCCCACUGUGGGCAUUUACAGUGCCGUUGAAACCAAUCACAGCGUCACCAGCUGCGCACUGCUCGACGACUUUCUCUACAGCGCGGGAGUGUGCUACAGCGUAAAUUUCUCUGGCUCGUCGACGGGGAGAGCAGUUAUCUGGAACGACGGUACCUCCAGUACGCCAAUCUCGGUCUGCUCACUGGACUGCGCACCCGGCCAGGAGCGGCGGAGACAGAAGCGGACGGAGCAGAGUGACCUGACUUGCUGCUGGCAGUGCAGCGAUUGCACUGGCAACCUGUUCUCGAAUCAGACAAACUCGGACGACUGCACGUCGUGUCUGGACACCGAGAAGGUGGUCAGAAACACGGCCAGUAAGAACGUCCAGUGCAACUCCCUACCUGUUCAGGUUUACACUAUCACUCAUCCGCUGGCAUUGGUAGUGGCCGUGCAGGCAGCGGCUACCAAGGUCGUCGUUGUUGUGAUGCUGGUCGCUCAGUUCCUGUGGUGGGACAACGACCGCUACCUGCCGUGGCCGGUGAAGGCCGUGCCCACGGCCAUCUCUCUGGUCGGCGUCUUCAUCACCUUGGUCGCUGCACAGCUGUUUGUGCUGCAGCCCACGGCCGCGCUCUGCUCGCUGCGUUUCUCGCUGGCUACUUGCGGCCUCACCCUGGCCUUGGCCCCGAUCAUCAUCUUUGUCUGGGAGUGGUAUGUUUCAACUACCAACUUUUUUCAUGAAGCCUACACGGCUGACUCCACCUAUUACAUGCGCGACCAGGCAGCGUCCAGCCAAGGCAACAGCCAGCAGCUGCAAACUGAUAGUCACCAUCAGGAAGCGCAGGUGGUGGAGGACCCGAUCGAUGAUCCGGCAGCACCAGUGGCUGGGUGCGAGGGCGAGCGACAGCAGCGCGAGAGCAGAACUGAAUCCGUGACCGAGGAGCCACACCGCAGCUUCUCCAAGCUGCCGGUGGACAGCGCGAGCAGCCCGGUUGCUGGCGUGCCGACCGACAAGGCAGGGUUCACCUUGGGGUCGUGGCUCAAGUCCAUGAUGGUGUUCGUCUUCCUGUUCGCCUGCCUGCUCGUCGUGUCCACGUUGUUGAACAGCCCCGACAUCAAGGACGGUGUCCUGCCGCACGCCGAAAGAACGCUGACAUGUAGCGACUCUGGUCCUGUGCUGUUUGCGUUUGGCUGGGUAGUGCUACUUCUGGUGAUGUUGGUGUCCGCUACGCUCGUUGCCGUAAAGGCCAUCAAGGCCGACGACAACACGUUUGAAGCUGACCUCAUCAAGACGGCAAUGUUCAGCGUGCUCAUCUGUACUGUGUGCGUGGUCGCGUGCACGGCUGUCUACACGUCUGGUCCUAUUGCCAUCAUUAGAAGCGGCUCGUUCAGUCUCGCGUCUUGCCUGAUCAGCUUGUCGCUGAUCGGAGUGGUACACGGGCCUCGCUUCUACUAUAUAUUUCGCCACCGGAUUCAGUUGCGGCAGAAGUUUGAGGAUGCCGUGACGGAGGAUACCGAUCUACCAUUGAAGGAGAUGCCGCAAGAUAGCUCAGGUCACGCACCAGUAGCGCCACAGGACUCCUUCAAGACACCACUUUCGUUUCGUCGUGGCGAGUCAGCUGGCGUAGGUGAGUCACCUCUGGCACAGUCCUAGAGUGAUUGCAGCGAAGUCACCCUACCCCGGGCACAGUCCUUGAGUGAUUGCAGAGAAGUCACCCCACCCCGGGCACGGUCCUGGAGUGAUUGCAGCGAAGUCGCCCUACCCCGGGCACAGUCCUUGAGUGAUUGCAGAGAAGUCACCCCACCCCGGGCACGGUCCUGGAGUGAUUGCAGCGAAGUCGCCCUACCCCGGGCACAGUCCUAGAGUGACUGCAGCGAAGUCACCCCGGGCACGGUGCUGGAGUGAUUGCAGUGAAGUCACCCCACCCCGGGCACAGUCCUUGAGGGAUUGCAGAGAAGUCCCCCCACCCCGGGCACGGUCCUGGAGUGAUUGCAGCGAAGUCACCCCACCCGAUUUGGGACUGGUGCAAGGUUAUCCGAAUGUAGACUUAUGUCCGUCUGUUAGUUCCACUUCAUUUCUGCUCAUAUGUGUAGCCAAAGUUGGCGGCACCGUUCACAUGCCAAGUGUUUGUCUGGAGUUUUCAGAAAUCUUUUCUUCUUUUCCGUUUUUAUUAGCAUGCGUAUGCGUUGGUGUCUGCACGCUCUGUGUGUAUAGGUGGAUGUGGGCGUUCGAGCGCGAGUAUCGCGAGUUUGUGCGUCUGUUUGGUCAUGUGUAUGUGUGUGUGUACGUGUGCUUGUGUGUGUGUGUAUGUGUCAGUGUCUGUGUGCGUUUGCAUGUGUGUCUGUGUGUAGGCUUGGGUGUAUGCCUGAGCGUGCAUGCACACAGGCAUUUGUGCAUGGCUGGAGGAGCUGCAGAAUACUUUGCUGCCCUGCGCGCCCCGCUCUUGCCAGUAUGACAAGUACUUGCCAUCUGCCUGGCAUCCUCUAAUAGCUGAUCGUGCCAUGCAGCGUGUUCAGCAACCUACAACCUAUAUUAACCCUAGAGUAUUAAUUUAGUUCUUUUUUCAUGAGUUCAACGCAAUGUGUGUUUUUCUAUAACCGCCGAAUACCUUCUUCACGCCACUCUGCUCUUCAGAGAGUGCUGCCAAUUUCAUAACCACCUGCCGUCCUUAGAGUAGAUACUUUGUUUACGUAUAUAUUUGCAACGCAGACAUUCCUUAGACGGGUCUUUGACUUGCGCUUUGGUUCCGCUCUACACUUGUUACAAUCUUGACUAUACCCCUUGUUGUGUGCGACUGCCAUUGUAGCUAGCUCUUCGGUGUACUCACAAUAUAGUGAUUACAUGCAUCAUGCUCUAGUUUAGCGAGAAUAGUCUCUUCCCUCUUUGUUUUCUUCCCGCGCAACAGUUUGUUAUUCUAUUUUCUGUGUUGGAACCCUGGAUGACAUGUACAUGCGGUUUAUGUUAUUGUAUGUUCUGUGUUGGAACACUGGAUGACAUGCACAAGCAUGUAUUUUGUAUUUCGUUGUUAUAUAUUUUUAUAGAGUAUUUAUUUCGCAAUCCAGCGGCCACGGGU